AGCGCGCGGAUCGUUUGUCGGUUGAGCGGAAAAGAUCAUCGAAAAAAUUGAUGCGCUAAUUCGAAAUGCGUGUGUAAAAUAUUAAGAGAACUGUUUUAACGCGUUAUCUUGCGCUCUCGCUGUGUGUUUCACCGUUAUAUACAUCAUAUGCUUGUUUUAUUUGUGUAAAAAGAUCCCUAAGCAAAGCAGAUCAAGUGUCAAAAUAAAGUGCCAAAACGUAAAUAAAAACUACGCAACUCAAGCCUGAAUAAGUGAGAUGAUAUAAUUUUUUUUAAAAGCCCACACGUAAUUGAAUUUACGUCGUUGUUCAAGUCAUUGUCGGGACUUGAACUAAUUUCGUUAAAUAUAAAAAACAAAUUUUUGCCAACUCUUAAUUAAAGCGAACGCUCAUACUGACGCUAAACUAAAUAAUUGAAAAAAAAAACACAAUAACAAAUUGUUGCAUGUUUAGCUGAGGGAGAUUGAGAGAGUCGAUGUAAAAAUGUGCCACAAACAAUUGUGGCUAUUGCCAAUGCUGCUGGGGGCGGCAAUGGGCGCCACACUUAUUGCCAAGGAAUAUCGCAAUGCGGGUCUCUUCAAAGCCAAUACACUGAUGGAUAUGGAACUGGAUGCGUCCACAACGUUGGACAUGGGGGCCGAGAAGCCAACCAGCAGCAGUGGCAGAGCUUCUAUAUCAAAGUUAAAUGUCGAUAUGGAUGAGAUUUUGGCGUUCAAGUCGGAAUCAUCGGUGGUGUUGCCGGGCGUGCAGCUAAAUGCAGGCUGUCCCGUCACCACCAGCUCGCAUUGUCUGCGCUGCAACAAGGCUGGCUGCAUCAAGUGUCCACUGUACUUGGUGACAGACACACGCCAAUGCGUCGAACAAUGCCCCACCGGCUACCUGGAUCAAUGGUCAGCGCAUACAGAGUUUAUGGGUCGCGUGUGCGUGCCCACUGGCUACUCGGGUCCUUUGAUGGCGGCGCUGGCGGGUCUGCUAGGUGGCUUUCUGGUCUGUCUGUCGCUCUUAGCGGUGGCCGUGCUGCUGGUGCGCCGCAAGCGUCGGCGCAAGUCUGUCAAGCAGAAGCUCAUCAACGAGAGUACGCUGGACCGUGCGGACUUUAUGCGUCAGCUGAACGAGAUGCGCCCCAAUGCGGAGUACUUUCUGGCCAUGUUGAAUGACACACGCCGGCAAAUACGUAAGCUCUAUCUGUCUGGCGAAGUGGCAGCUGCCAAUUCGUAUCGUCCCAUAGUGCGUGAUCUGGCCAAGCUGCUGAUACUGCUGAACAGACCCAUCGAGCUGAUACCUACGCCGCCGCAUGACUGGCCGCGUUUGUAUGCUUGGUCGGAGCAGGCGCUGGAGCGCUACAAGCCGCAGGUUGGCCAGCUCAUAGACUUUUUCCAGGCCAACAGUGGCGGCGCUGGCCAGGAGGUGAUCUACGCCGCGCCCGCCAAGAAGCAUGCUGGCCAUAGCAUCUUUAGGCAGCAGCAGACAACGCACACGACCAGCAAUCAACUGGGCGUGGAUCUGCUGCCAGGAGAUCGCAAUAGCAACGCCUCGGCGCAGCAGAAGUUGCAUCUGUUUGGCUCGCUCAUCAGUCUGCAUGAAUUCGAGGAGCCACGUGCCUCAGAUCCGUUCGGCAGCAGCUUCAACACGCUGAAGAGCGGCAAUCUCAUAUCGGAUCUCAACGCCAGCUCGCUGUGGCUGGAGGACGAGUUCUACAAGCUGGGCUUUCGACCGCAGGACGAAAUCACGACUGAGCUAUAGUUGGCUGCAUUUCAAUGUGUCACAAAUUAAACUUAAAGUAUUACAACUAGCACAAGCUAACGACGCUACACCGCAGAGACGUGCAGCGUGCGUGCAGCAGCAGCAACAAGUUGAGCACAUUCCCGGGCAUGCCAUCGAAACUGAGACGCACAUUUAGAUACGAGUCGCUAAGUGUUAACGUUUAGUUUAGUUUAGUUAAGUUAGUCUAGAGAGCGGCGAACUAGUCAUGUAAAAUCACAGAGAAUAGGAAAUGAAUUGAAUUUUAUGGAUUUUACAAAAAUCGCAACAAUCAAGUAACGAACAAUAUUCAAUUAAAGCUAAACGCCUAGUACUCGUAUACUUAUAGUAACAGUAACUACUAAAAUUAUGAUAUUUAUAGCCAUAGCUUAGCAUUACAGAGAUUAUACUGCUUAGUAAAUACAUUAUAAAUCUACACAUACAAAUUACAUACAAUAAAAUGUCUUGCCUGAAACGGCACAAUUGCA